AACACUGAACGAAGGGAAGCAGUUCAGACGCAUAAAAGGCCGAAAGCAGGACUGCUUUAAGAUCGGGCGAAAAAUGAGGCACCGCUAAGGCCACCUGGCCCGCGCCCAGCUGUGCUGCAGGCGCUCUCGGCUCUACCCACUGCUCUGCAGACUCCAGGUUUACUCUGCUGCUGCUUUCUCUUUUCCUAUACGCUGAGGCAGAGUCGGGACUCCUUUUCUGUGAGUUUAAGGAUGUUGUGAAAAUAAGGCAUCGCCGGAAGCAACGGUUUGACAGCCUGGGGUACUCUCAGGUUAUGCGUUACAACUAUUAUUAUUUUGAUGUCUUUUUUUAACCCAGGUCAGGCACUGUUUGCAGUCAUCCAUGGAAGGGCUCUUAUUAACCGCCUCAGACUUUUGGGACCUAUGAUUCUUUGGCAGGACCCUUCGGAAAGUUCUCAAACGGAGAUGGAGCAAACUUGACUGAAGUCGUGGAAAAAGAAGACGGAUUUGUAUUUUUCAUGCUGACAAAAAAAAAAAUAGCUGCUAUGACUUUUCUGUCAACGUGGACAGGGGCCAAGUGAAGCUGAGCUGGUCAUGUUCUGUCGCCCAGUGUCCCUUUGUCGUCGGCGAUUUUGCCCCCGGCCCUUCUUGGUGGGCUUGGUGGUGGCAAUCUGUCUCUUCUACCAGACCCUGACACUCCGAGGGACGAGGAAGCUCACAGCCAAUGUCCCUGGGACUGCCGCCCCCACACUCACUGAAACCCAGGCAAGUGGAUGCAAGAAAGGAUUCUCCCUGGACAGACAGUGCUUCCUUCUCUCCAGUAAUGCACAGGAAAUCAGAAAGAUCAAAGAGUCAAUUGAGACACACUUUGGCAGCCAUGGCAGAAGCGCCAUACUCCUCAGGCCUCCUUCCUACAGCAAAACAGAGCUUCGGAUCCACCAGCAUCUUCUCACACAGCAUCGCUAUAGGGUUGUCAUUGCUGAAAAAAGGCUCCAUGCCGGCCUCGGGCUGGGGCUGCUGGAACAAGGUGAUUUAGGCUCUUGGGAUCUGCUCAUUUGCCUGUCUUCUAGGAAAGCUGAUGAAAAACCCUGCAUAUCCAAGGAGGAUCUGUGCCAGUUAGGUUUACAUCAAAAGGUAAACAUAUUACCAGAAAUACAGCAUCAGCUUUGCAGAAAGGAAGGAUUAUGUCAAAUAAUUAGAAGAUUUCCAGAAUUGCAACUUCCAGUGAAUCCCUCUGUGUGUCUGGAUCAGGGAAUACAUCUAAAGCCGAGUACUUCGAGUCACCUUAUAAAAUCAGUGAAGCUACAUAUGUGGAAACCAGGGGAUUGGAGACGUGAACAGCUGAAUCAAACAACAGUCCUUGCUCCAUAUGAAACAAUUUUUAGAGCCGAAGACCUAACUGUGAUUCUUAAAGCGUAUGUGUUGGUGACAUCCUUGACCCCGUUGCGUGCAUUCAUUCAUUCAACUGGCACGGUUUGGAAUCCACCAAAGAAAAAACGCUUCACUGUCAAGGAAGCAUAA